AUGCUUGACAACAAGCUUAAUUAUAGAGAGCACAUAAUCAAGGCAGCCAACAAGGCGGCAAAAGUAGUAGCCCCGCUGGGAACACUCAUGGCCAAUGUCAACGGUCCCAGGCCGUGCAUGAGGAGACUACUGAUGCGUGCCGCCGAAGCAGUGAUGCUGUACGGUGCGGAAGUAUGGGCCGAGGCGCAGCGAAAAGAGAAAUAUCCCAAGGAGAGACAAUUUGUCGAUCAGCAGAAGGCCGUUCUGGGGAAGGAGGAGGCAUCAAAGAACGCCAGGUCUAACAGCAUCGAGGCCUGGCAAAGCAGAUGGGAGCAGGAGCCUAGGAGCACAUGGACUGCACGACACAUCAGUCGAUUAGACAACUGGAUAAACCGCGAGGCGGGAGAUGUCGAUUUCUACCUCACCCAAUUCUUGACAGGGCAUGGCCUGUUCUGCUCCUACCUCGCAAAAAUGAGGAAGGUAGCAAACGGCAACUGCCCCUAUGGGGACUCAAUCAACGACGACGACCACCACACGUUCUUCAUAUGUACCCGGUGGAGCGCCGAACGAUUCGCUUUGGAGCAGGACCUCGGAGACAUUUCCCCCGCAGUAUUCCCUGCCUGUCGUAAGAGGCGACUAAAAGAGACUGUAUGA